CUUACCACACCUCAGUUUAGCCAAAGUGGGCAACGCGGCCAGGUAACGCCUUGACCACUCCAGUAUCCAACCGUCCCUCCGCCCGCGCAAGGCAGCAGCCAACAAGCCACACUCCCUGCCUCGAGGCGUUCGUCGGUUCAAGUGUGUCCAGCGUGGGAUCACCCCAGAGCCGAAAAAUGGAUGAGUCAGAUGUAUACCGGCUCUUAAAGGAACAGAUUAAAGAUACCAAGGAGAAAGAGGGUCGCAAAAUAUACAACAUUGUCUGCCAAGAGGAGAGGCAGAAAGCAAAGCAAGACUUCAGAAUGUUCAGCAUCGGCCGCCGCCAUCCAGCUAAUCCACCCCUCAGCACCAAGUAUGUGAUUCUGCUGGAGGAGACAGGUGCAGGAAAGACCACCAAUAUCAACAGUGUGGUCAACUAUCUCUUUGGAGUAAAGUUUGACGACCCUUUUCGGUUGGAAGUAGAGGAAAAGAUCGAAGAUGGUCGCCUGGAGACGGCCACCCACACAGACAUCAAAACUGUGUACACUGUUCACUACCAGGAAGGGAUGAAGCACAAGUACAACUUUGUGUUCAUCGUCACCCCCGGCCUGGCCGACACGAAAGAGCAAGAACAGCGACAGGUAAUCAUGCAGAUCUUACAAACUUUCGCAUCAGAUUUUGGCGUUGGGUAUUUGAAUUGUCUUGGCAUUAUUACAAAAGGCAAUAAAUGCAUACUUACUGAUUUUCAGAAGAACUUGCCUGAGGAAAUAAAGCCAGAUCUAAAGAUUAUAGUUUCUGCACCUCCUGCCCAGGACACAGAAUCGCCUGAUGCUGUAGUGAGAGAUACUGAAAUAUCUUUCAGAAUAAAAUCUGACAAUGGUUGCCCCCUCUCCCCCCAAAAAACAGAUGACAUGUACGACCCCCGCAACCAGUGGAAAAAAGUGACUGAAGAGUAUGACACUUUUAUUAAUGCUUUAAUUGCACGACCAUCUGAGAACUUAGGGAGUAGGGACGAGAAGGAAGAGGAACUUGAAAGAGGCACUCAUGUACACUACUGUAAAGAAUGCAAUAAGAUUUGCUGGACCUGCAGCAAGAAAAACUGCAUGAUUGUUAUACCAGUUUUACAUACUGCUCUGACAGUGGGACACACAGUUUCGAGUAGUAUGGGAUUAGUUUGCGCCGCCGCAGGAACUGUGGAAAACAAUGCAAUUGUUUCAUCUGCAGCUAGUUUGGGGGCAGGUAUUUUUGCAGGGAUUUUCACUUAUAUAAUAGGACACAUGGGAAAUGCAGGACGGAGGUGUAACGACAGUCAAUGCAACCAUCCUCUCUCUAGGCACGUCAAAAAACCAAUAAAGGGAACAAAAAGAACUCAAGAUAACGAAAUCAUUGAUGAGGAUAUAAAGAAAAAAAGGAGUAAACCGUCUCCGGAAAAUCCGAUGCCAACAUCAAACUUAUUGAAGGGGAACAAAAAGCUUUGAGCAGAAGAAACAAACUUUCAGAACACUCAGUUAAGUUCUUUUAUCAUGCAAAAAGAAUACACGAAUUCAAUGAGAAAGGUUUUGAUUACUUGGAGGAUAUAAGUUGUUACCUUGAUGAGCCCCAAGGAAAGGAUCAUGAGUGUAGUACUUUAGUAGAAGUAGCAGAAAAGAGUGUGGCUCGUCCUUAAAGAAGCCGUGAAGCAACUUGAUUCAUGCAUAACAUAAUAAGUUUGCGAUAAUCAUGGAAUUAUAGAGAUAAUGCUAUCAGAAAUCAGCGUAAGCAUGGAGCCAGAGCAGUUACAGGCAUGAUUGUGAAUAAUGCAUCGGUACUACACUGGGUUAGCAGAUUUUUCUAUAGUUUCUUGAUUCAAAAGUACUUUAACUUUGAUUACGAAUGAUUUUAUUUAAUUGAAACAAAUAUCUAAACCACUUAAAGAGAAAACAAUUUAGACAGCAUUUGGGCUCUUAAAUACAUUGUGCGUACUUUUGAGAUUGUCGAUUUUUUUAUGAAAUAUCCUCAUUAUACUAAAGAAUAUGUGUGUCCAAUAAGCAAUUGUUGUUUGUUUUGCAAUAAUGCAGUGUGUGGCGAGCUACAGAUGAUUUUUUUUCUGUUCAGUCACCCAUAUUUCACUGCAAAGUUACUCCCUUUGCUAUCUGCACCGUGCUGGUUAGGUAAGCGCGCACUCCAGGCAGGCAGACCUAAAACCUAUUCCACCAGGGCGUUAAAUGAAUCCGAAACUAUCAAUCCAACCGGCUUAGUUUAACGAGUAAGCCUAACACGAAGCAGACUUAACAACGCCAUGCUCGAAAAUAAAGCAUAACAUAAGGCAAAAUUCGAUGUUUGUGGUCAUUUUCUUUAAUGCAUUUUGGCUUAAGCGAUAAAGAAACAGAUAUAAAGAAGCAACCAUCAUGUGUGAGUAGGGGGGUUGGGGGGGGGGGGUGUACUGCGCCUCAAUUCCCUCCCUCGUCUGCCCUUGCGGGGAGGGGCGAGGUGAAGGGAGCGAUCACGGGUUGUGCCGAGGGAAAGAGAAGCCCCUCAUGGACUCCCUCACUCCCCUUCUCACACCCUUCUCCCUCCCUCUCCCUCCUCCCUCCCUCCCUCCCUCCCUUCCCCUUUCGAAUUUACCUUUACUCAUUCUUACUCUCUUGCUGCCUCUCCUUAAUCAGUCUCUUCUAUUCUUUUGCUCCUCCUCCUCCUCCUCCUCCUGCUCCUCCUCCUCAUCCUCCUCCUCCUCCAACCGGAAAGUAAAAGCUACUCGACAUGUUAUUAACCGUUCGAGUCAUAAUUAUGUGGCGGAGGACGUGACGUGAAGCGUAACAAGGUGAGGUGAGGUGAGGUGAGGUGAGGUGAGGUGAGUAGGAAUCACGUGGGCGGGCCGUGGGGUGAGGUUUGAGAUAGUAACGUCAGUUGUGUUAAAAAAAUAGAAGUCCUUGACCACAAGACAAUGUACAGUAUCUAGUAGAUAAAGUAAUUCAGUGUGGGAGUAUUUUAAAAGAAUCCUUCAAAAUCAUGGAAGGGAUGGUGAGCUAUGGAAUAUGCCAGUGGAAAACUUCCUUCAUUUGUCCCAAUCAUAAUGGAAUUUCAAGCAAAAUUCCCACCUUCCGAUGCACUGAAGCUCACUGACUCUGUGACCAAGACUUUGUCAGAUUCUGAAUAGUGGAACUCUGUAUUGGUCAGUGCAGCAUCUACUGUCUGGUGCUGAACGAUUUUUUUUUUUUUUUCAAGCUAUGGACAUGUACGUUCAGAAUUAAGGAACCAUCUUGGAACAAGAAAAACAGCAAAACUUUUUUUUUUUGUUUAAAACUCCGAAUGCACACACUGUUAAUACUUAUGAUGAUGGUAGUGAGGAUGACGAUACGAAAAAAAAAGAUGUAUCAAAAGAGAAGUUAAGAAACUUUGAUUUUGUAAAAGGCUUUUGCCUAUAAUUUCUAACGUUCUAUUCUAUCAAAGAAAAUUACUCUUGCCUUAUAUGCCUAGUAUGAUGUCUGCAUCUUGUUUUUAUGAUUAAGUGCAGGCUAGAAUAAAUAAUUCUCUUGUUUGAAUGUGUGGGAAAAAUUACUUAGAGUAAUAAAUACAGUCCAUUAUAAAUAAAAGUGAUUGGACUGGGUUUACUUUACUUUAGGAGCAGCGAGUAGCGGGCUUUUUUUGUUAUUGUUUCCUUUUUUGUGCCCUUGAGCUGUCUCCUUUGUUGUAAAAAAAAAUUAUGUGUUUAUUACGUGUGUGAAAAAUAGAAUGUUCAUUUUUUUGUUAUGUUAAAGAAUAUGCAGAAGGAAAUGUUUCAAUGUUUCAAUAUGAAUGCACACACUUAAUAUUUAUGAGGAUGUUAGAGAAGAUGAGGAUACGAAAAAAAAAAGAUGUGUAUCAAAAGAGGAGUUAAGGAACUUCGAUUUUGUAAAAGAUUUUUGCCUUUAAUUUCUAACAUAUCAACCGUUCUGUUCUAUCACAGAAGAUUACUCUUGCCCUAUAUGGCAAGUACGAUGUCUUUAUCUUGCUUUUAUGACUGAAGUGCAGGCUAGAAUAAUUUUCUUGUUUUAUUGUGCGGGAAAAAUGAUUUAGAAUAAGAAAAACAGUCCAUUAUAAAUAAAAGUGGUUGGACUGAGUUUACUUUAUUUAUGUGUUUAUUAUUUGUAUGAAAAAAAGAAUGUCGAUUUUUUUAUGUUAAAGAAUAUUCAGAAUGAAAUGUUUCAAUAUGUUGUAAUUUUGCUCAAAAAUUAUGAGUGAGCUAA